UCCAGCGGGUGUCAGCGGGGAGUCAUGAAGAGGAGUGGCACACCAGUGUGGGACAGAAGGAGCUACAGGCCCCCUCCCACAUUAAAGAGGAGCAGCUUCAUGAUGAAGAUGAAGCUCAGUCCUUACAGCUUCAUCACAGUCAAAGUGAGGAGAACAGAGGGGCGGAGCUUGUAAGUCAACACAUCACAGAAGCUGAUGGAGAGCAUUGUGAAGAUAUCAAGUCAGAACCAGACAGCAUCUUUGCUCCACUGUCAGACAUGGACCACAUGAUGUCACACUCUUCUGAUCACAGUGACCACAUCCAAAAACCUUUGGAGAGUAAAAAUGACUCUAAAGGUGAUACGAGACAUCACACUAACAACAAACACUUUGACUGCUCUGAAUGUGGGAAAUCAUUUAGAUGGAAUAGUCAUUUUACAGUACACAUGAGAGUACACACUGGAGAGAAACCUUUUGCUUGCUCAGCUUGUGCUAAAAGAUUCAACACUAAGAAUGAAAUGAUAUUACACAUGAGAACACACACAGGUGAAAAACCUUUUACUUGCUCUGUUUGUAAGAAGAGUUUCUACAGCAAGCAAAUCAUGACCACACACAUGAGAACACACACUGGAGAGAAACCUUUUGCUUGCUCAGCUUGUGCUAAAAGAGUCAACACUAACAAUGACAUGAUAUUACACAUGAGAACACACACUGGUGAGAAACCUUUUACUUGCUCUGUUUGUAAGAAGAGUUUCUCCAGAAAGCAAAUCAUGACCAGACACAUGAGAACACACACUGGAGAGAAACCUUUUUCUUGCUCAGCUUGUGCUAAAAGAUUCAACACUAACAAUGACAUGAUAUUACACAUGAGAACACACACAGGUGAGAAACCUUUUACUUGCUCUGUUUGUAAGAAGAGUUUCUCCAGAAAGCAAAUCAUGCCCAGACACAUGAGAACACACACUGGAGAGAAACCCUUUUCUUGCUCAGCUUGUGCUAAAAGAUUCAACACUAACAAUGACAUGAUAUUACACAUGAGAACACACACUGGUGAGAAACCUUUUGCUUGCUCUGUUUGUAAGAAGAGUUUCUCCAGAAAGGAACACAUGACCACACACAUGAGAACACACACUGGAGAGAAACCUUUUGCUUGCUCAGCUUGUGCUACAAGAUUCAACACUAAGAGGAAAAUUAUAUUACACAUGAGAACACACACAGGUGAGAAACCUUUUAAUUGCUCUGUUUGUAAGAAGAGUUUCUCCAGUAAGGAACACAUGACCACACACAUGAGAGCACACACUGGAGAGAAACCUUUUGCUUGCUCAGCUUGUGCUAAAAUAUUCAACACUAAGAAUGAAAUUAUAUUGCACAUUAGAACACACACAGGUGAGAAACCUUUUACUUGCUCUGUUUGUAAGAAGAGUUUCUCCAGAAAGACACACAUGACCACACACAUGAGAACACACACUGGAGAGAAACCGUUUAGUUGCACUGUGUGUGAUAAGAUGUUCAGGUAUAAGUAUCAGGUCAGUAAUCACAAGUGUGUAACAGUCAUGGAAGCUGCAGGGAUGUAAAAACACUUAAACAGUGAUUGUGCUAAAUGUAGUUUAAAAACACAGCAUGUUUAAUAUGAAUGUAUAUUUGAUGUUGUAUGUAGUGCUUCUCAUCUUCUAGUCUUAUAUGUUGUCCUGUACUUACUUUAUAGUUGUGUGCAUGUAUUGAAUAUUAUAUAUGUAGCUACUAUUGUAUUUUAUUUUAUCAUUGUUGAAGAGAGGACAUCUUAUUUUCA